AUGCAUUUUCCAAAGAUGCACAGAUUGUCCAGGUCCCACGUUGAUAAUGAUACCAAACCUUUUAAGCUUAACAGUCCAUUAAGCAAAUUUAAAAGAGUAUUGAAUCUGUUUUCAAGGUCUAGGUCCGGACUAGGAAAGCGUGAGUACAUCAAAUCAUUCUUUCACUCAAAGGAUGACAGUGAAAGUUAUUAUGCAGCCCAACGUUCAAAAUAUCCAUCUUAUGAUAGAUUUGAAAAUGUGUGUCGUAGAAGUCCAAUUUACGACCCAGAUAUGAGGCUAGAAAACGAAGUCGUUUCCAAUAGAACUGUCCAUUCAUUGGAAAGAAACGGUGAAGUUGCUUUAAAUUGCCAACAACAGCUAGAACCUGAUUUAGAACCUUUAGAAACCAUCAGAUAUGAAUAUGUUAGCAAAUUAGUCAAGACCGGCUUGCCAUAUCCAGAUGACUGCUAUACAGUUUGGGAAGUCCAACCAGCUGCAGAAUUGAUCCCUCCUGUCGAAGAUGAAUUCGUAUUUGAUACAUUGAACUACAAACUUGAAUACGAAACUCUUCCACUGGGAGAAAGGAUUGAAGUCAAAAAGUACCUCGAUCCUAAAUCUCUCGAACCAAAGCCGAGAGUAACAACUGGUCUUACCUGGGCAAAGGUUAAUGAAGCGAAGAAACAUUUCAGAAAAAAUGGUGUGAAUAACUCAACUGAUACUACCACCUACAAAAAUAAGAGCUUGUUGCAAACUAUUAGCGAACUCACUCCAUUAACUACAACCCUUUCUUUCUCCAAAGGUGCAACUCCGAAGAAGAAAGUCAGCUUUGAGGAACCAAGUGAACCAGUUCUUACCCCUGAACAAAUUGAAAAGGCUGCAGAAGAAGCCGCUGAGGCUGCGAAAGUAGCUGCUGAAGCUGCAAAGGAGAAAGCUAUUAAAGAUGCCGAAUUCAAAGCUGUUCAGAAAGCAAUUCGCAAAUUAAAUGCUAAUAGAGAGGGCCUUCCUAAAAUUAAUUACUGGGCUCCUAGACAUAGAAGAAAGGUAGCUCAAGAAAAGGCUAAAGCACUUGGCUUGCCUAUGCCAGAUAUAAUUAAGGAUCGAGUGCCUGACUAUAAUGAGCAAUUUAUAAACAGGCCAGAAGGUUCAAGAACUUGCGCUAUUGAUGGAGAUAUGUUGAUCCCAAUAGAUCCAGAGGAAAUCAGGCAACACAAUGAAUAUUGGAAAACUGCUCAGGCUAACCACAAACUCAAUGAGUGCCACACUCAUCUGGGUAAAGAAACUUGUUCACAUUCAGUAGAUGAUUCCCACGCUCUCCUGACAAGUGAAAACUGUUCAGAUUCAAAUUCUGUUGCUUCAGAGAAGCUGGCGAAAACGUCAAUGCAUUCUAAAAAUUCCCAACUAAGCAAGAGGAAGCUCUCUGGUCUAAGGGAUACAUCACCUUUAUACCUUCCAACUAACUUUGAUGUUUUAGGUGAUGCUAGAGCACGGGCACAGAGACAAUAUGAAUGUGAUAUUGCAGUCUGUAGAACUUCAGGGUACAAUUUUAUUGAAAGAAUUGAAUUGAAUUCUUAUGAUGAUGGAGGUCAAAUAAGAGAUGUUGUUUUUUACCCAGAAGCAACCCUUUGGACAUAUGAAGUUGGCAAAUCUGAGGAGUUGAAUCCUAAGCUUGUUCCAAAGCACCAAAGAGGCAACAUGUUCAGAAGUAGAGACAAAAGCAAGUUAAAGCCACCAACAGAGAAGUUUCCAUUUGAUGAGCAGCUGGUCUGGCAAAUGGCAUCAAAUUUUGCACUGAAUUAUUGUACCUUCGGAACAUCCGAAUAUACUUGGGCAAACAAACUUGAUAGCAACAAAUUAGAUUGUCAAAGAAUGACUUUCAUUACUUAA